AUGCCUGUCUCCAACUUCCAGGCGCCCUUGCUACCGCCAGACCACCCCCAUAGCCAAUUGCGCGCGGCCAACCAGACAGAGAACGACCCCCUCAACCCGCCGUCGCCUCGCAAGUCGCAGGACGCCAAAUCGAGCCCCAAGAAGAGCCUGCACAAGAAGACGCUCAGCUCCGUAUCGCUGCGGUCACUGGCGAAGAAGGAGGACAAGUCCGCUCACAAGAAAUCGUUCGACGCGCGGCGAGCGCAGGAGGAGAUUGAGGCAGGCGAGAAGCCCAAGAAGACGAAGUCGUCGACCAAUCUGGCUGCCAUGUUCGGCAAGGGCAGGAGAGACAAGUCACCCGUCAAGGAGAGCAGAGACAAGGAAAACACCACACCACCCCGCACCUCCUAUGCACAGGCCCCACCGCGCACUCCCAUUUGGGCCGAGUUCAGCUCCCAGCAGGAAGUCACCACCACGAGCAAAGUCCCUCUGAACGACCAGCGCCGGAGCGUCGAGGACGAGAUCGCCCUCUACACACCGCAAGACUACUCGCCCACCAAACAGCGCAACUUCUUCGAGACUGGCCAGCCCUCGCUCCGACCUACCCAGAAGGAGCGACCCAAGUCCAUGUUUGUUCCCAAGUCGACUUCCACGGCAUCGUUACUCGAGACCUUCUCGCGCAAGCGGAGCAACGAGCGUGUUCCUCUGUCCGACACCAAGGGCAACGAGGGACGCACCAGAGAGAGCUCUCCUACCAAGCCGCCGAGACCCAUACUCAGUAGAGCGAGUACCGACACUGGCAGCAAGGACUACAGCCUCAAGGAUAUGGCACCUCCGCCAAGUCCUACAAAGAAGCAGAACCGAGUCAUGGCCGCCGUCGCUGCCUUUAACGGAAAGUCCAAGCAAGCUGAGAGUGCCCCGGCUUCUGCCAAACCUGAUCCUAAGGUGGUAGACGCCGAGUUCGAGGAGGUUCUGGAAUCCCGAAAUAUCCCCGCCCACCAGCGUGCGCAGAUGCGGACACUGAAGCUAGAGGUCAAGGCCGACUUUGUUCGAAUGCACAAGCUUGACAUUCCACAAACCUCGAAGACAAACUCUGCACAUUCUUCCAUUGGAGAGAACACCAAGCAGGUACCACAGAAGUCAUCCAAGUCUCGACACGGAUCUGCUGUUGAAGAUGCAGAGGAUGAGGCGCAAGACAAGUCAGCAAACUCAACUAAGCGUGAGCGUCCAAGGAGCCGAACCUUUACCUUCAACAGGAGUGACUCUCCUACAAAGAAGCAGAAGGGCGGCGAGUUGGGCGAACGAAAGACGUCGUCAAAGCCAGCUCCUAUCCCCAAAUCUCCCUCUAUGAGAUCUCUGAGGUCUAACGCUUCUGACCGAUCUGUGUCCAACGGAGCCAAAUCUGUCAAGGCCGACGAGUUCAUCUCCUACAUGAAGAAGACCCCCAAGCCACAGAACGUCGAGGUCGGCAAGCUGCACAAACUCCGCUUGUUGAUCCGUAACGAAACUGUCGACUGGGUUGACAACUUCAUCCAGGACGGUGGUAUGACUGAGCUAGUCGCACUCCUCCACCGGAUCAUGGAGGUUGAGUGGCGCGAAGACCACGAAGACACUCUUCUUCACGAACUCCUCCGCUGUCUCAAGGGACUCUGCACGACUGCUACCGCUCUCAAGCAGCUUAACGAGAUCUCAUCGACACUGUACCCAGCCUUGCUGGCUAUGCUUUUCGACGAAGAGCACAAAGGUCCGAGCGAGUUUACUACGCGUGAACUCAUUAUCGAGAUCAUCUUCGCUCACAUCUCCAUGGCACCAGAGGCUGAACUGGAGACUCGCGCUACCGAGUUGAUGAAGUAUCUCAAGGAUCCAGUCAAGGAGAAGCAGGCAUCCACUGUUCCGUUCAUUCUACAGAUGCACCAACCACGACCCUACCAAGUAUGGUGCAAAGAGAUGUCCAACGUCACCAAGGAGGUUUUCUGGAUCUUCAUCCAUCACCUCAACGUCAUCCCUGUUCCACCCAAGCCGACAGGAGACAGGUCUUACGCUAAGACUCACUUCCCCGGUCAACGCGCCAUUGUGCCCGCAGCUCCCUACGUUGGUGGUGUAGAAUGGGAUGCGACCAACUACCUCGCCACACACAUUGAUCUCCUCAACGGCAUCAUAGCUUCACUCCCCACCCGCUCAGCACGUAACGAAUUCCGCCAGGAACUCAAAGUCUCCGGCUUCGAGAAGCUGAUGGGUCACCUCCGAGCCUGCAACCCCAAGUACUAUGGCGCUGUUCACGACAGCGUCAAGGUCUGGAUCGGCGCUGCACUUGAAGACGAUUGGGACGUCAAGACUGUGCGUAUGGGCUCUGACGGCAACGUGAGCCCAGCCAAGCAAAGCCCCAAGAAGAAGACCGAGCCUCCGCCACAACUCCAGGCACCACCUAAGAUGGAUGUCGGCCUUGGUCUCGGAUUGGGCUUUGAGAGGGAGAUUGCGAUCGGCAGCAAGAGUAUCGUGGAUGACGAUUGGAUCUAA